AUGCACUCAGCUUUUAGAGUGGCUGUCUCAUCGAACGAGUAAUGAAGCAGGGAGGCACUGCGUCCUGUGGUUGAUUCAUCUUAAAAGUUAACCAACGGAUAAAAACGGAAUUAGUUCGUGCUAAUGGAGUGUUGGGUCCGGGCCCAGCUCCCAACUGUAGAACAGGCUUGAAAGGGUUCAGUGAGGAUCGCACUAACUCACCUUCGCAGAAAUUGUCAUAGCGGGAGCAGCCUGGGAUGUUUGUAAUGUUGCACUGACAAGACUUGUUGAAUCGUAAGCUGCAGGUUGUGUGGAAACUAAUAUUUAAGGUGCACUGGAUUCUCGUAGUUGCAGACUUGGAAUGAUCAGCAAUAUUUGGAACUAACUGUCCAAGACUUUCAGUGUGGACACCUGCAUUUCCCUUUUCCCUCCAAUCCAAGAUGGGUAAUGGACUUUCAGAUCAAGCUCCUAUUUUAUCAAGCUUCCCAUCUUUUCAGUCUCUCCACAUAGUUAUUCUGGGUUUGGAUUGUGCUGGCAAAACUACGGUUCUGUACAGAUUACAGUUCAAUGAAUUUGUCAACACUGUUCCAACAAAAGGAUUUAACACUGAAAAAAUCCGAGUGACUUUGGGUAACUCCAAAGCAGUGACUUUCCAUUUCUGGGAUGUAGGUGGUCAAGAGAAACUGAGGCCACUCUGGAAAUCUUAUACUCGCUGCACAGAUGGCAUUAUCUUUGUGGUGGACUCAGUAGAUGUGGAAAGGAUGGAAGAAGCCAAAACAGAGUUGCAUAAAAUAACGAGGAUCUCUGAGAACCAAGGAGUGCCAGUGCUUUUGAUUGCCAACAAGCAAGAUCUCAGGAACUGCCUCUCUCUUGCUGAAGUGGAGAAACUGUUAGCUUUAAGUGAAAUAAGUUCCUCCACCCCAUGGCACCUUCAGCCUACCUGUGCCAUAAUAGGGGAUGGGCUUAGAGAGGGAUUGGAAAAACUUUACGAAAUGAUCAUCAAGAGGCGGAAGAUGUUAAAACAGCAAAAAAAGAAGAGAUGAUUGUACAACAGUUGAAGAUGCUUUGUAUUUUUGGAAGCUGAAAUGUUUCUACACUGGUUAUUAUACCUGUAGCCUUUGACAAAGUUUAUGUUGAAAAUGCAAGUCUAGUGAGGUCUAAUACAGACUUUAUUAGUGGGAUCACAGUGGAAAGUGGAUAUGAUAAGUAUGGAGAGCAGUUAUACUGGCUUAAAACUGUCAGCAUCCUUUAUUGUUAGACCAAAAUAUAUCCAAAUCUGUAGUAUUUUGUUUUAUAUUCAUCGACCUUUUUACCGGCCAGUUGUGUUUAAGUGUAUGUGUAAGUCAAGUGUUCCAUUUUUCGGCCUGAAAGACCAGGUACCUGCUACAGCACAAAAUUAUUUUUAGGCCAAUUGGACACUGAAAACAUUUGGAUGUGAACUAUUGCAAUACAAGGAAUAUUUACCAAAAUUACUUGGAAGAAAUGGCUGCUACAGAUUGUAGUUUUUAAAAUGCUUAAGUGCUCUUCUGUUCUUGAUGGUGUAAGAGAAGUUAAAGGAAGUAGUAUUGUCUGUUUAUUGUCUUUGGCUAGUUAAUGGUCAGAGACUAAUUAAAAUGAAUUGCUAUUGAAGAAAAGGCUCCACCUAUAUUUGUAGUGUUUGGGUUGUUGGCAAGCUUAUCUUAAAGCCAGUGGAAAAAGUGCAGUGUCAGAACUGGAAGCCUCUGGGGAGAGGAGGGAAAAGCUGGAACAUUGUGUUUAACUGACCUUGAACCUUGUCUCCUGAAGGUUUUCUUUUAUAGACACAGGAAUGUAGCAAUCACACGUUAGUCUGUCCUUGUUACUGAUAUUCACAUUAAAGUUGCUGUGAAGCCUCAUUUCUAAGCAGUGUUAACUUUGGGGGAGGUAGACCAUACCAUAUAUAAGCUGUGACUUGAGAUGUGGUAGAAACUAAAGACCUUUAGGCCUGCAUGUGUUGCCAACUGUACAAUUCACAACUUAAAGUUAUUUAGGGCAGCUUUGCCAUUAAUUGUAAUAUUUGGUGCCACCUUUUUACGAGUUUGUGUGUGUGGGGGGAAUUUGAGAUUUCAUUUUCUUGAAAGAUUGCAUAAUUCUCUACAUAUGAUUCAUAUUGAAAAAUAGCCAUACACAGUUGGCUAGUAGUCUCUUUGUUGAAGAAUUAUAGAAAGGUUUGAACAGGCCGCUAUUCUAGCUGAAAAUAAAGUAUUUGUAUUCUGGCCUCAAAGGGAUGGUACCAUUCUAACGAAACAACAACUGGCUAGCAACCAAACCUAGCUUACAUAGUUAUGGUAACUUAGAUGCGUGUACACAAAUUAUACAGAUCUAUAAAAAGUUAUUCCAAAUUCAUACACAGUUUUUUAAAAAAUUGAAUAUUCUCCUCAGCAUACAAAAUGACUAAGACCACAGCAGGUCUCUUCUCAACUUGCAAUUUAUUGAAGCAUUUGUCAUUCUCUACAUGAGCAAGGUAGAAGGAGUUACACAAUAUUUAAACCUAUUAAACCAUCCAUUGAAUUUUCUUACUGUAUGACCACAUUCUUCAUAUCGCAAGUGUGAUUAUACUGGCUUAAAACCGUCAGCAUCCUUUAUUGUUAGACCAAAAUAUAUCCAAAUCUGUAGUAUUUUGUUUUAUAUUCAUCGACCUUUUUACCGGCCAGUUGUGUUUAAGUGUAUGUGUAAGUCAAGUGUUCCAUUUUUCGGCCUGAAAGACCAGGUACCUGCUACAGCACAAAAUUUAUUAUAAUCCAUUAAAUCUAUCAGGCAAAAGAUAGUGACCUAAAUUUUACCAUUGGAAUGCUGACAGUAACACAUUUGUUUAAAAUGAAUUACUGUCGGUUUUUAAAAGUUUAAAUGUAGGCCAGGACGUCUGUCCAUAGAUUAUUCUGAGCAAAUUUAUUUGAUGAGUAACCAGAAUUCUCCACCUAAAGAAAAACAAGGCAACAUUAAAAGGUCAAAGUGUGGACUGGCUAAUUUUUCCUAUACCACCUGGCUUUGAGUCUAUUACCCAAGUACAAUUCUCCCCCUUUGCUGCAUUUAAGUUACAACCUCAAUGAACCUAUAAAUUCCUGAAACUUUUGUAAAUAUGCAUUUGAUAUUUCCUCCUACUUGUUCCCCUGCCCUUUUAGGUUUGAAAAGUAUUAGGGCCCUGCACUUACAUAUAAAUUGCUGAGGAAAAUAUUCACCUUUCAUGUGUAUAAAGGCACAGAGCCUUGUGUGAAGACAUGUUCAAAUUUUCACGCAUUCAAAAUUAAUUGAAACCUGGGUGCUCUAUUGAGUGCAGAGAAUAUCACUGGCUUGAAAAAGGCCACCUAUGGCCUGCUCAGAACUAUAUAACUUGUUUACUUCCAGUGUUUUCCAUAAUUCAAAAAGGCAGUUCAAUUCAUUAUAAUUAUCUUCAUUAUCACUAAACCUGAUCACUUCCAAAAAAAAAACCAAUUGAUCUGACAUUGAAGUCUUAAAGAAAAAAUGUAAUUGAUGCAAUUAAAAACUGUCCAUUUUCUAUCUCCAAAGACCUUGCAUCUGGACAUCCUUUGAUUUAGAUAAAGCUGCUGUCGAUAUUUUACUGUACAGAUUCUGGCACUGUAAAUAUCUUCUGUUUGACUAGUACAGUGGCUUCAAGAAAUGCACUUUAGUGUUCAUUAAAGAUCAGCAGCUUUCUGUAACAUCUGUUUUACUAACUUGUUUUAAGAAUUGAAUGAUUUCUAAUGGAUCUGUCUCUGGUUAUGUGUUUACCACCUGCACUAGUGGCAUUGCUGUCACUGAUUGGAAAAAUUCUUUAUAUUUAUAUAAAUGUUGGACCUUAAUAAAUACAACUGAAUAAA